AUGUCGGAUGAAUCACACAAUACAGCAGUUAUUUUUACCAUAGGCUAUCGGCAGUUUUACGAUGCGGGGAGUGACGAAGAGGAGGCUCUCGCUGAGGCGACGAAAGCUGUGGAGGAAACGGAUCUAGAGCGUCAAACCGCCCUCUACCAAUCGCAGCAUGAGGAGAGGGCUGAGGAAGAGCCUAGGGCGAGCACCUCGGCAGCAUCGGCCGAACCGAUACCGCUGCAGCCCGAGUCUGAUGACGACGAGGCGUCGACUAUUCUCAACCCCUCCUUGAUGUUUAGCGAUCGGUCUGAUAUACUGGCUGUGUACCGGCAAGCCAGAGCUAACGAUGACGAUGGAGCGAUAGCGGGUCCAUCGUAUCACCACCAUCGUCAGCAGGAAGAUGACAUCGUACAGCCCGAGAAUCAGCUGGGGGUGUAUCCGAUGGAUGCCCAACAGGAGGAGGAGGAGGUGGAGGAGGAGGAGGAGCGUCUAAACGAGGAGCGAUUAGAAGCUAGACGCUUCGCCCUAUGGUUUCAAGAGCUGAUGGAGUGUGAUUCAGAUAUACAAACGGGCGGGGGAAGAACGCGCAAUACACAGGGGAACGAGGCUUUCGGGGAUGUGCAACCCCCGGGAGGGCGGAUCAUCAUCACGCACGAUACAGCCCGUUAUUUCAAACGUUUUCAACUACGUGGUCGGGAGGAAACAUUGCGUAUCUGCCAACCUCACGCUGGCGCAAACGUGACAGCAUGUCUUGAAGGAGCAUUCCGCGAUCUUCUGACGCAUCUCAUGAGUCACUGUGAGGGUGGUGACUACGCAGGGAUCUCGUUCUCCGCGAGCUGCUUAGCGCACGGCCCCGUCUGGCUUUCAUUCCGUCCUGUCUGCGCCUAUACAUUUGUAGAUAUCUGGCAAUUAAUAACAAACAUAGCUCAAAGUGCAGCGUCUCUGGAUAUCAAGAGACUCGGUAGAGUCUCGGGACAAGUACAUUGACAGCUCUGUCGUCUGCUGGCCUGAGGCUCUCGCCGAGACUAUAUUUUCUCUGAAU